UUGAAAUAAUAAGUUGUGUUGUUGAAUUUAUUUAUAUAUAAAUACUAAAAUGCUUCCUUCUUCCACAAAGAAAUCAGCUAGAAAUAAGAAAAAUGCCUUUUCACAUAAUGAUAGGGAUAAACUCUCGUUGGAACUGCGAAAAUGGGCCUUGGAGGAGAUGUGCUUUCGUCCUCAAGGACGCCAUGUAAACAGUCGCAUGCCAAAUGUUGAAGAAUUUAAAACGCUCUGUCGUGGUCCAAUGAUGGAUGUAUGGUCACAUGUCAUCAAACAUCUUCGUUCUACUCAAAAAGUGCAAACUGUAAAGGGGAAUCUCAAACUUUAUUCAUCACUUCAUAACAAGAGUACUUUUGAUGAGGUUUCAAAGAAAAAAGACAUAGAGCGCAUGGAUAUUUUAAAGAGAAUUGCCGAACUACAAUCACAAAUAGACCAGGUUGAAAAAGACGUCUAUCAUCCCGAGAAAGAGAUUUUGCAGACAGAGCAUUCACUGGCAGAAGUUGAUUCCAAAAGGCGUGACCUUGAAAAACGAUGUGUACUAUUAUCAUCUUAUUCUGAACAAUUUCGCGAAAAAGCAAAGGUUUUGGACGAGUUUCGUCGUAGAAUAGAAGGACGAAUUUCACAUUUUAGAGAUCUGAGGAGAAAAUCCUCUGGGGAGAAUACAUAUUUUGUGCAAAAAUCGUCUUUGACUGGACUUUUAGGAAGUGGGAACGAACAAAAUAACUCUGUGGUUGGUUUGGAAUCUGCAUGUACACGGAAUGUAAGAGAAACUUGCGAAGCUAUUGGAUCAUUCUUACAUGUCCUUCAUAAUGAUUAUGUGGCUGAUCAAAAUCCAUCCAGAGAGCAGAAUGAUAAAACAAAAGCGCGUCUGUGGACGUCUGUUGAGACAAUUCUUUCUCAACACCCAGCGGCUGAUAUUUAUGGAUCUUUAAAGAGGACUGCCUUGGAUUCCGCCAAUAAUCUUCAAGAACUUACGUCACGAAUUGACGUUCGAAAGGAUGCUAAGGAGUUAAAAUUCAAGUAUGAAAACUCGGGCCAAUUAUCAGAUACGUCUUCUCCGCGUCCACUCUUACUUAGUGUGCAUCAACUCAUUGAGGAGGGUCAAGCGGCACACUUCCAGAAGUUUAUAAGUACGAUAAAGGCCAGGAACGAAUUACACAAAGCACAAAAGUUACUACAAGAUUUCCAGCAAAAUAUGGAGAAUAUACAGAAGGCCCUGUAUGGAAAUGAUCCAGAGUCGUUGUCACUUGCACAAACCCUUUGCCGCACUGAACUCGAAUUCGUGGCAUCAAAAGCGACAAUGGAAUUUAUUGAAAAUGAAAUUAAAGAACUGGAAGUAUUAAGGUCAACUAAACAAGACCAACUUGAUAUAUUACAUGGAAAAUAUCGACAAAUACAAGAUUUUGAAAAAUUUGUGCAAGCGAAACAGAAUAUGAUCCAAAUGUUGGUGAAACAUAAUUCUGAUGCAAAAAGUCAACUAGAUCAACGACGAACUGAGAUAUUGAAAUACUCUCAAGAUACUUUGUGUGCCCACGAAUGUCAAAUUAAAGCCUUAUCAACUGUGUUAUGCGACAACGUUUCCAAAGACAAAGAGAUCACCAAGUUUGCUUCGCUGUCAUUGCAUCGACUUAUGUUUUCCGAAAUGGACGGCCAUGGUCGUAUUCCAAUAUCACAGUUGUCUAUUAAUCGCCUGAAUUUUUGUUAUCCUUCAAAUGAAUUUGGCGUUGUUACGUCGGUUUUGGGAGAUCUUGAUUUUCCGUCUUACAGGGCAGCAGAUGGAUUACUACUAAAGGUUUUUGAAACAAAAAGUAAAGUGAUAGAAACACAAGAACGUCUUAAAUACAACAAGACUGUGGCCAACUCUCUCGAUGAUAUGGAAGGAAUUAGUAUAGCAUGUGAUGAUCACGUUGAAGAUUUGCGAAGCGCUGUGGUACAACACAAAAACAGAGAAAAUGAGAAAAUAUUACCAAAAGUGCAAGAAAGUUUUUCUAAUGCGACUAAAGCAUUAUCUGAGUGCAUUGUAGCAAUGGAGGCGGUUAAUUCAUGGUGGGAGCAACCUGGCCAGUACUUGGUUCCGUGGGAUAAAGUGGAUGGCAUGAACAUGAGACAGUGGAAAGAUCAAUGGACUGUAAUGACCACAAGAUUGCGACAGUUACAGUCAUUACCUCAGUAAAUCGAUUGGGUGACAAGUAUCAAGUCAAGGGACAUGCAAUUACUAUAGAGAAAUCCCCCAAACUACAGACAUGCAUGUUUAGUUCUAAACGUCCUGGGGACAGGUGGGCGAAGAUUCGCAAUGAAUUGCAAUUGCUUUACCUGAGGAAUGUGGGAGCAUAUCAGUUUUCGGCGCAUAUAUUGCAUUUUUCCAGUGUUUUUACCUCGUCAAUCAUUAUAUAAUUAUAAACGAAAAACAUGUUUUCAUGGAUAAUGGUCCCCUUAAGGGACCUGGCAGGGUUGGGGCUGAGAAGGAAAUGUUUUAAUUCCCAAAAUUUCCCCCACCCCACGUUUUCGUGUUGUGACUAUAUCUCAAUGUCAGUCAAAGAUUUAUAUUUGUGAUCUUUACCCCACCUUUCACCUUCUCUUUUUGCAUUACCCCAUUUUAGUUGCCCCACAAUAUUAUCUUCAGUCCCCACCCUGGCUUUAAACAAUGACCCAGACUCCAUAGGGCUUUUCAAAGCUACUCCUCAAAACUCCUCAAAAGUACUCCCAAAGCGUUAAGGACAUGGAAAAUAUAAUAUGACGAGAAAAUAUAUUAACAUGUAU